AUGCAGAGCUCUUUCAGUACCGUGAUUGCCACAUGUUGGCUUUUCGCAGCCUUGGCCCACGGCCACACCGUCCUCUCCUACCCGGGGUGGCGAGGCAACACCUUCAUCACGAACGAGACAUUUCCCUUUGGGAUGCAAUGGACCUACCCAUGUGGCGGACUCGACGUAACCCAGAAUAGGACAUACUGGCCCAUCAGCGGCGGCGCCGUCGCCGUCCAACCGGGCUGGAACUCGGGACACAAGACGGCACUCAUGUACAUCAACCUCGGCCUCGGCGAGGAACCGAAAAAUUACUCCACGGUCAUGGUGCCCCGUUUCCAUCUGACGGGGCCCUCGAACGAGGUGUACGAGGGCACGUUCUGCCUGCCAAAGGUGCCCCUACCGCAGGGUGUGACGCCCAACGAGGGCGACCUGGCGUCGAUUCAGGUCGUGGAGGCCGCACAGCAUGGUGCGACGCUGUUCAGUUGUGUCGACAUCAUCUUUACGGCAGACGAGUCAAAGGUCACGCCGGUGACGGAGGACAACUGCUUCAACUCGACGGACCUCAAGGUCGAAGCAGCGACGCUCGAGACGAAUUCUUCGCCCAUUACUGAUCCUGCGUCGCCGGCAACGACGACUGCUGCGUCUCCGAGCGUGUCGCCGACUAGUGGCGGGGCUCCUAGGUUGGCGUCAAGCUUCGUGGGUCUCUUGAGCUUCUUGCUGUUCCUUUGA